AUGGAUCAACAAGCUUCCCAGCAUGCUGAUCCGGCCCGUGGCCGGUCGCCAGCCGCCGCGCCGCAGCACGGUCAUAUAAGAAACAACCACUCGACAUCGCCUCACCCUUUCCCACAGCCGGACCCCAUCAUCGGCCUUGGACUCGGCCUCGACCCUUCCGUACCGACGCCGCCCUUCCCCAACGACUUCAACACGUUUGACUCAAACACCGCACAAUUCAUGAAUAACUCGCAAGGCUUCCAGCAGUCUGGCAUUGGCGGCGCAUCCCCUUUCAACACCGGCGUUCCCGACUUCACAGGCCAGUCAGAGCCCUCCUUCACGUCGGCGCUCCUCUCCAGCGACUACGGCAGCCCUGACGCAUCAAGCACAACCGACUUCCCAUUGUUUCCGUCCUCUACAGCCCCUGGUGACCAAUUCAACGCGCCUCUGUUUAGCGAUCAGAGCCUCAACCCGGCCGACCUGGGAAACAUGACUUCGCCUCAAGCACAUCACUCCCCCACGCCACCCCAUCUCCUGGGCGCAGACCCAACCUCCAACCACCAUUCACCUCUCUUCAACCAGCAGCAAUUCUCACCGCCUACUGGCGCUCACCACUCUCGGCAUACUUCUCUGGGGCCCGAGGCAGCUCUGCUGCCUGGGCAGGUCGAUUGGACACAGACGCAGUUUCAAGGUCAUCGCAGAACCCCAUCCGAGUCGGCGUACUCAGACAUCUCUUCAGCCGCAGCUUCGCCCAACCUCUCUGGGUACGACAACUUUGAGCACCAUGACCAGCAUGGCCACUCACCCAUGCAACGGCCGCACGAUUCGUUCCAGGAAGGAAUCUCAGGCUUGAACAACUUCAGCAUAUCCGACGCACACCUCGCACGCAGCCGCAGCCCGUCGCACAGUCCAGCGAUCUCCCCAAGGAUUGGUCCCCAGCAGAUUCCGGAUAUGGGUCACGCAAACACGAACAUGCUGCUCAAUACGACAUAUCCUGCGCCACCAAGCAUGAAUUAUCCCGAUGUACCUGAGCAAUUCCCAUCGCUACCCCAGGACUCUAUGGGGCCAGCCAUGGCCGCCCCGUCCAUCAAUAUCCAGCUUGCGCCUUCUGGUGGCCCCCUGGGCUUCGAAGGUCCGAGGCAAGGACUUGAUCAGCACUCACUGACCCCGCCAGAUAGAGGUCGCCAAAGAGCCCGUCCUCGCGCGGUGACGGAUCCCUACAACAGCGGCACACACGGAAGUCUGUCACCCAACCUUGGUGCAGACUUGGCUCAGCGGAACCGGUCCGGCUCGGAAUCAUCAGCCAGAUCUCUGUCCCCUGGCGAUCGCUCUGGUAGUGCCAAUGCAGCGUCUCGCCGGCGUCAAUCCGUUGGCUCAACGGGCAAUAACGUGAUCGCGUUGAGACUAGCGGAUCCUGACUAUCAGGCAGCCCAGGACAGUGGCAACACUAAGCGGGCCCAGAAACACCCAGCGACAUUCCAGUGUACUCUGUGCCCAAAACGCUUCACACGCGCAUACAACCUGCGAUCCCAUUUGAGGACACACACGGACGAGCGGCCCUUUGUAUGCACGGUAUGUGGCAAGGCAUUCGCCCGGCAGCAUGACCGAAAGCGCCAUGAAGGCUUGCAUUCUGGCGAGAAGAAGUUUGUUUGCAAGGGGGACCUCAAGGCCGGCGGCCAGUGGGGCUGUGGAAGGCGAUUCGCCCGUGCUGAUGCUCUUGGACGUCACUUCCGGUCUGAAGCUGGUCGGAUUUGCAUAAAGCCUCUCCUCGACGAGGAGAUGGUUGAGCGGCAGCGCGCGUGGAACGAGCAGCGCAUGCAGAACAUGGCCUCGAAUAUGGCACAGCAGCAAGUAAUGAUGGAGCCCAGCACGUUCCCUAGCAUGGAUCCCAACAACUAUGCUCUCCCUGCUGCUCUGCUGGCUCAAUACCCCGCCCUCGCCAACAUGAACUGGGGUGCGAGCGAUAUGGGAGGCAAUCUGGACGACGAUAUCAGUGGUCGGUCAAGUUUCGAUGCCUCGGAUUAUGAGGAAGGCGAGGACACAGGCUACGUCAGUGGGCCUGGCACUGGAUUUGGGGAAGGCGGCAUGCAGCAGAACUUUGGCGACAUUGGAUACGCCAGUGAUUAUGGCGGCCGCUGA